AGAGCUGCGGGACAUGAAUCAGAUGGAACCGGUGGACGCAGUGCUUGCAACUGAGAGGUAUGGCUCUCAAGAAAGAUGGAAGUACCAUCGACUGCGUGAUGGUACGAUGAGGAGAGAGAGACAAAGCGAAGGAAGUUUCAGUAGAGGGAGUUCCAUCACUGGUGUUUUCAAAAGUGUUUUCCUGCCUCAAGGCUUCCCAGAGAGCGUCAGUGAGGAUUAUGUGCAGUAUCAGAUCUGGGACACUGUACAGGCAUUUUCCAGUUCUCUUUCUGGCACCUUAGCCACCCAGGCAUCCUUAAAGGGUGUAGGGGUUGGAAACCAAGAAGCAACUGUUGCUGCUGCAACCAUUACCUGGCUGCUACGAGAUGGCACUGGAAUGCUUGGGAGGAUCUUGUUUGCAUGGUUAAAAGGGAGCAAGCUAGACUCAGAGGCCAAGAAAUGGAGGCUCUUUGCUGAUAUUCUGAACGAUAUUGCCAUGUUUAUUGAGAUCGUGGCUCCGUACUAUCCCCCCUUUUUCACGCUCAUCGUCUGCAUAGCCGGGGUGUUUAAGUCAAUAGUAGGUGUGGCUGGGGGAGCCACCCGAGCUGCCCUAACGGUCCACCAAGCUCGGAGAAACAACAUGGCCGACAUCUCAGCAAAAGAUGGAAGUCAGGAGACCUUGGUGAAUUUAGCUGGUCUGCUGGUUAGCCUGGUUCUUAUUCCUCUUGUGACAGACAAUCCAGGGUUGACAUUUGUCCUUUUCUUCCUGUUCACAACCCUACACCUUUUCGCCAAUUACAAAGCUGUACGCUCUGUUGUCAUGGAAACCCUUAAUGAGGCCAGACUGUCCAUUGUACUUCACCAAUAUUUAACUGAUGGGAGGGUCCUCAGUCCACUGGAGGCCAACCAAAGAGAGCCUGUAUUUCUAGAGCUGUGGAAGGAAGUGCCUAUUAAGCUAGGAGUGAGUCUUAAGGAAGUUGUCCAAUCACCUCAAGACCUGCAGAUGGCGGUGAAAAACAAUCACAAGCCUUUCCUCAUUGGUAUCCAACAAGGAUGUGUGUGUGUGUGUUUGGCAAGUGACGCAUCAGUUGAUGAGGAGAUCGAGGCGGCCUGCCAAGCGGUGUGUCUCAGCAGUGUGUUGACAGCCUCCCCUCCACCACAGGAAGCACUCAAGCAGCUGUCGGCAUCAAAGAGUCAAGACCCAUGGAUUUUGGUGUCUGAUAGUUACAAGUUCAUGGAGAAUAUGUUUCAGCCUUUCCUCAGAGACCUGAAAGAGACCAGAUGGCACACAGACAGAACUCUUCUGGAUUGGAAUGAGUGGCGAGUCGACUGGAGAAAAAAGAUGAGCUGAAUCAGACGUCUCUGACAGAGAGAAAGGACAGUGGAGAAACAAGCAUUUUGUUGUCGGUCCAGUUAAGGCCAACUGGGCGUAAAUAUUGGAUUGAUCAGAUGACCAUGGAUCCAGUUUGGUUUGUGAAACUGUACAUUGACAUGGGAAUUGUUUGUCUAAUUUGUGGUUAAGUAGAUGUCAAUGCUACAUUUGUGGCCAAUGGAUGUUAUUAUUAUCAUACCUGUGUCAUUUCUUAAUUCACAAUUGAUUUCUAAUAAACCUUUUGACUUCUAAUAA